AUGUUUGAGACCCGCGAGGAGAUUGAAGAGGAGCUUCACAUCGAGGUGGUGCCUGGCACCGAGGUCAUGGCCGAUGUCUUGAAGCAUCAUCUCAUCAAGAGCGAGCACUCUACAGUGGUGCUCGUCCCUCAACCCUCGCAGGAUCCGCACGACCCUUUGAAUUGGAAGGCAUCUUGGAAGUGGACCACCUUGGGCGCUAUCUCGUUGAUGACCUUUUCCCAAGGCUUUGCCCCAUUGUCUCUUGCACCCAUGUUUCCAUACCUCAUCCGAGACUAUAACAGCAGCCUCGAGGAUGUCAUUCAGUUCACGGGCGUGACUAUUCUGAUACUUGGCUUCAGCAACUUCAUCUGGGCUCCGAUCUCGUCCUCGUUUGGUCGACGCCCCGUCAUGAUUAUUUCUCAGCUCAUCUGUCUCGCAUCCCAUGUCCUUCGAGCAAAAGCGACCACAUAUGGCUCGUUCAUGGGUGCUUGCGUCCUCAAUGGUAUCGGCGCCGGCCCCACUGAGAUUCUGCCACCGCAAAUUGCGCCAGUCGUUUCAGGACCGAUGGCUGAUCACGUUGGAUGGCAGAACUUUUGGUGGCUCAACGUGGCCCUGACGGGUGCCUCCAUCGUCUAUGGAUUCUUCGGCUUCCCCGAGACGAGGUGGAUUCGUGCUCAGUCGACCCAAGACACCGUCACGAUUGAAGUGGCAGAGGAGACCACGAACGAAGUUCAGCCAACGGAGAUGGACCCGUACCUGGGCAGAGGAACACCCUCGAAGCAGCAGUGGUACCUGUUCCAGCGCAACGCCUCGCCUCUCAAGACCAUCUGGUUCGACCUCUGGACGCCCUGGAGGCUUUUUGGAUUUCCCAUUGUGGUAUUUGCGUCUGUUGUUGUGACCUGGAGCUGCAGCAACUUUCUCAUCCUGAACCUCACCCAGUCUCAAGUCUUUGCUGCACCUCCUUACAACAUGAGCUCACAGUCCAUCGGCUUUACCAACCUAGCUGUAUUUGUCGGUGCGCUGAUCGGACUCGUCACCGCCGGGCCCUUUAGUGACUGGGUAUCUGCCCGCGCCACGGCUCGGAACAACGGCAUCCGCGAGCCAGAGAUGCGUCUUCCCGCCAUGAUUCCCUUUGUUCUCGUCAUGGUGUUUGGCAACAUCAUCACGGCUGUUGGGUAUCAGAAUCACUGGGCCUGGCCGAUCAUCGUAGUCCUCGGCUAUGCUAGCGCGGGCAUCCAGGUGGCUGCUCUGCCCAGCAUCGCCAGCACCUAUGCCAUUGACUGCUACAAACCCGUGACUGGCCCUCUCAUGGUCGCCACCACGGUAUAUAAGAAUGUCUGGGGUUACGGCAUGGGCAAAUUUAUUACCCCUUGGACGGUCAAGGCUGGUUUCAUUCCAGCAUUCAUGACCAACAUGGCGUUGUCCGUCUUUUUCUGUGCUACCGGGAUAAUCUUUUACUUUUAUGGCAAGACGUUCCGCAGGUGGACUAGGAAUAGCAGCGUUCACAAUCUGUAG